AUGAAGGGCUGGGUUCGGAAUUACGGGUUCCAAGAGAGCGACGCCCAGCAGAGCAGUGCCCGGAAAAGGCGGCGAUUGCCCGGGGGCAAGUUGGAGGCGCCGGACUUUGACUGCCCAGAGGACUUUGGCUACUAUGCCCACCACUCGGACUGCUCCAAGUACUACGUUUGCGUGUUUGGAGGGGCCCUGCUGGAGUCCUGCACAGGGGGACUGCUUUACAGUGACGAGUUGCAGACGUGUGACUGGCCGAGGAACGUCAAGUGCGACAGAGGCGUCAUCGAGACUGACACUGACUCGCAAAAAUCGUCACCGCUGUCGUCGUUUUCGUCGACACCAGCGAGUGAAAUCUCGCAGACGUCGUCGUCGUCGUCGUCUUCGUCGAGAAACCGCGAUUUUCUCGGCACCACGGAGCGUCAGCCGGCCAGUGAGGAUUUCCUCACCACCAGCGACGCUUUGGACGCAGGCGAACACCAGCACCAGAUUGAUUUCAACUCAGUUGGAGGCAUCGACAAACAAGCUCUGGACAAGUUUUCUCUCCUCGACACUUCUGAUUUUGGGAAUGGAGAAGAGUUCAGCGUGGCUGCCGAAGGAGAAGCAACUCCAACAAAGACCAGAUUUUACAGGAAAUCUGAUCCUAAUCCUCCGGCUGCUGUUGUUGAGGAUAACAGAAGACCGAGUUUCGCCAGGAGUUCGCAGCAAUUCGUGAGCCGUGACAGAAACUACAUCUGGUUGAGACACACCGGGAAUGAACUCGACAGCAGUGUAGAAGACUAUGUAGAUGUCGGUAGAAGCGUGCGCGUGAAACGCCAGGUCCCCGCCUGGGGCAACUUGUUCGGUCGACGCAGCAGCAGCAGGUAUUUACGACAGCAACCAAACCGACACCGACAGCAACAGCGACACCAACAACGACGCACUCGACCCAGGACGAGUGGACAUCGCUCUCGUCGACGCUUGUUCGGUGGUGCUGGAGAACAACAGCAGCAGCAGCAGCAGCGUCGACGUCGGGUGUUUUCCUUCGGCGGGGGCAUCGUCAAACACCGUAACAAUAAUAAUAACAAUGUGUUGGAGCAGUCGACGAGACGCAGAGACUCUGCUGCUGCUGCUGACGACGACGACGUCGUGGACAGAUUCGACGCCGACGACGACGAUGACGUUUGGGCGAGGGAGUUCGGGGACUUUCGCUUGCCUUCUGGCAUCUUUCGCACUGAAGACAAACUGCCUAACUGGGCGCCUCAUCGUCGGUUCUUUGGGCCACAGCAACCCAGUUCGUCGGGAGUGGACAUCCGGAACCAGGGCUCAGCUGGGCAACGGUUCCCGACCCUGUUUGCACCCACUCCUCAACAGCCUGCUCAGCAGUCCAGCAGAAUUUUUGGCAAUCAAGGUGGCAACUCUGUGACAACCCCUUCCUCAAAGAGGCUGCCUCCAGUUGAUAGGCAGCCAGCCACAUUCCCUUCCAAGGAAGACAAUAGACAGCAAUUCAUCACUCCCUCGCCUCCUGCUCAACAAUUCCCAACAAGAUUGCGUGCAGAAAGAGUGAAAGAAAGGGUCACCUUGGCCAAAACCACACCAACAACCACCACCACCACCACCACCACUACCACUCCUAGGCCUACUGCACAACCCUCAGUGAAUUUUGGCAAUGACUCAGAUGGAGAACCCAUUUAUGUUUAUGACUACUAUGAUUAUGAAGUGCCAGCAAGUGCUGGCAACUCUGACCAGCAAAACCAAGACCAACAACAAGAACAACAGAAUGCCCCCGUUCAGGCCCCCCAGGCACAACAACCUGCACACAGAGGAAAUGGGUUGCAGCAGCCAGAAGUGGUGAGAGGUGAUGCUGGGUCAGCUUCCCUGUUUGUGAGGGACAGAACUGUCAACAGAAAUGCCAAAUGGACCAGUGACAGUCAGCAAAGGGGUGUGGAGAGCAAUGCAGUGGAGAACAAUGUUGUGUCCACAACUGCUGAACCUAUUGUGAAGACAAGUCAAGCCCCAAUAAGGCCCAGUCGACGGCCCACCCUCAAGCCCGUCUCCAAGCUGGUGCCCAAGAAGGUCCAGCAGACGCCGCUCAACAUCUGGAAGUCCGUGCCGGGGCGCCCGGCCGCCGUGUACCCGCAGCCCGCCUACAACGAGCCGGCGACCAAGUGCCGCCCCGACGUGUGCCUCCUGCCCGACUGCUACUGCGGCGGCGGGAAAACCGUGCCCGGGGGCUACGAGCCGCAGGACAUCCCGCAAGUCGUGCUCUUGACCUUCGACGACGCCGUCAACGACCUCAACAAGGAGCUGUUCCAGGACCUGUUUGAGCGAGGCCGGGUCAACCCCAACGGCUGCCCGAUCCAGGCCACGUUCUACGUGUCCCACGAGUGGACCGACUAUUCCCAGGUGCAGAACCUCUACGCCGACGGCCACGAAAUCGCCUCGCACACCAUCUCACAUAGCUUCGGCGAGAACUUUUCCGAGAAGCGGUGGGCCCAGGAAGUGGAGGGCCAGCGGGACGUGAUGGCGGCCUACGCCGGCGUGUUGCGCGAGGACGUCCGGGGCAUGCGGGCGCCGUUCCUCCAAAUAGGCGGCGACAAGAUGUUCAAGAUGCUGCACGACCAGAACUUCACCUACGACUCGUCCAUGCCGGUGUACGAGAACAAGCCGCCUAGCUUCCCCUACACCCUGGACUACAAGCUCUUCCACGACUGCAUGAUCCCGCCGUGUCCCAAGAAGUCCUUCCCGGGCGUGUGGGAAGUGCCCAUGGUCAUGUGGCAGGACCUCAAGGGCGGCCGCUGCUCCAUGGUGGACGGAUGCUCCGCCCCCGGAGACGCCGAGGGCAUCUACAAGAUGCUCAUCAAGAACUUUGAGCGCCACUACACCACCAACAGGGCACCAGUUGGACUCUUUUUCCAUGCUGCAUGGUUCACUCAUGAGCACCACAAGGAAGGCUUCAUUGCAUUCCUGGACACCAUCUCAGCAAUGGAUGAUGUGUGGCUGGUCACCAAUUGGCAAUCCAUCCAGUGGAUGAGGGAGCCCACUCCACUGUCUCACAUUAAGAACUUCAAGCCAUUUGGUUGCCACUAUCCUGAGAGGCCCGCCAGAUGUGCCAGGGCCCAAGUGUGCAACGUAUGGCACAACACUGGCGUUCGGUACAUGAAAACGUGCCAGGCAUGCCCAGCCAAGUACCCAUGGACUGGCAACACUGGCGUCACUCCCAGAGACGAAUUCUGAGCCAUGUUCCCACGCAUGAUCCAAAGCAAAAACAAAAACAUCGGUCAUCUAUAUUCUGGUCUAGUGAUCGACGAAAGAUGAAGAAGGAAAAAGGCCCUAAUUAUGUCACACAAAAAGCACAAUUAAGCGACUCGUGCGCCAUCUUUCCUCGGCCAUCGUCUUUAUUUGGAUGCAUUCUUCAUAUCCUUAUUACUAUGAUAAUUUCCCAAGUGAUUCUGGCUGCUAUGUGUAUUUCGAGUUAUUUUCAUUUUUGAUAAUGAGUGCUGGUUGAGUGCCAUUAUGAAGACGAGGAUUUUCUUCAUAUUUAUAAUUUCUAUCUCAUUUUCCAAUUUCUUCUAUAUUUUUUUCGAGUCGCUCAAGGGAAAAAACUGGCAUUUUUGAUGCUAAGAUUUUUAUGCACAGCGUUUCGUUCUUUGUUUUUUUUCUGGCCGACUUGACAGCGAAGUACCCCGUGUCCUUUUUUAAAAUAAAAAUAAAAAGGGCUUCGCCUUCGGGUUUGCACAAAGAGGAAAAAAACUGUGAUGUGUUCAAAGAAGGGAACAGAGCGAAGAGGUUUCUGUGAAGGGGGUUUUUUUGGCCAUGGUUGCUGCUGGAUAGAGAGAUGAAGAAGAAGAAAUAUAUUCAUGAUGGGUUUCUUGUGCGGGAAUCUGCUGUAGACGAGAGAAAGAUGGGGAAAAUUGCUCUUCUUCCUUUUUUUUUUUGCAAGGAGCAAUAUGAUGAUUUGUGAAAUGAUGCAAAGUGCGUGGAGACGAUGAUUAUGCGGCUGCUGCUGGUGGAUAUUUGUACAGUGUCUUUUAGAUUGAUGUAGUCUUCUUUAUUUUGAUUGUCUGUUUAUUUCUCUCUCUAUUGUCCUGCCUUUUUCUAUAGAUUCCUUUCUUGGUGCAACAUUCCAUCUUUGGCGGAAAAUAUAAGGGAAACUUUUCUGGUAUGAAACAAAA